AUGGAGUCCAUGGACGUGAUUCGCCUCGACUGGAAGUCGCCCCCGCUCGACGCGCAGCAGUUGCGAUGGUUUUUCGGGAACUCGACGCGAGAGUACAACGAAGGCGGGUACUACGCCGUCUCGUCCGCGUUCAACUUCUACGAGAAAAACGGCACGACGCACUUCGUGUAUCGCCUCGGCGCGGCUUCGGGGGGCUACAAACCGAAAGAUCGCGUGUACGACACGCGCGAAUACGACGGCACGUAUCACGCGCGAACGACCGAAGCCGGCGAGGAGUGGGUCCGUUGCUCGAAACGUCUCCCGCAUCGUCCGUGGCGCGGGUACAACGGUCGCACGAUCAUGCUGGACCCCGACGAUCUAGAGCGGAGCUGGAUCGACUGCGGAGCGAACCGGCACGGAGACGAUCCUUUCGGAUUCGAAGGACGCGUCGCGGAACGGGAGGACGCGGCGACCGCGCCCCCCGGGACCGUCGUGCAGACGAGCGACGACGUCUGGCGCGUCGCCGGCGCCGACGCGUACGAACGCUCGCCCGCGGAAGCGAAAGCCGAGGAGAAGGUGGGCGUUUCAGGUCUGCCCUUGUCCCCCGCGACCCGGGACGCGAUCACGGGGCGAUACUCGCCCGCGCAGAGGUGCUUCCGAGGCGAAUCCGUCACCGUCGGCGGAUCUCCGCACGCGUGCGACCAAGCCGGGUACGAAAGAUCGUUACCCGACGGCACCGUGCGUCGAUACGUGACGCCGACGUGGGACAACAGCAACAACUGGACGCACAACAUGUACGAGAUGUCGAUGAUCAGAGAAGGCGGCCCGGAUGCCGGGGGAAAGCUCCAGUUCGAUACCUCCCCGGCGUAUCCGAACACGUUGUUCAUCGGCGGGCACACCGAGUGCAAAGGUUUCGUGUAUUACGGUAGUACGAGGAGCCCGGACAACUUUGAUCACUGCGCCAACGGCGUUCGGUACCUCACGGCGUGGGAAUACCUGUGGAAGAAUCCGGAGGAGGUCGGAUCUUCCCUGAACCCCCCUGCACUGGACGCAAGCGCGGCACCCACAAACGAGUCCAAGAAGUACAUCCUCGGCCGCUGGCGGGAGCCUCAACUCCCCUGGAGCCUCCCACGGAACUUCCAACCGAAAGAUUUCAUCGGCGCCGGGGUCACGAAAGCGAACUGCACGCAUAGCGCGAUGUACGCCGGAAUCCCGAAUCGCUACUCCACCGAGGGAAGAGACGAGCUCAAACGGCGAAAGAAAUUAUGCGACGCACACAAAUUCGGCGCCGGCGUCGUCUGGGACCCGCCGACGAUCACCUCCGAGGCGUGUGUCGGUGAUGCCACGCUGUUGGGAAACGAUAUCACGGACUCGAAGCCCUUUGAACCGUACGUCGUCUCGUCGUACGUGUACCCACGAACUCACGUUCCCGUGUAUCAGGACUCGGACGUCGGGCUCCCUAAGUUGGUUCCCGCAUACGUCGAGACAACGACGAAGCGGAGGUUGGACUGGGAUGUCGGAAGGUACGUGACGUGGCACGAAAAUAUUACUUACAACGGCGGGACGACGACAAUCGAUUGGAAUGCCUACUACGCGCCCGCGGCCGAGGACGUCGUCGUUGGCAACUUGUGGCACAUCGGUGAGGAGUUUCGGUUUCCGGACGCGGAUGGGGAGGGCGGUGAUACGCAGCCUUUGAACGCGGAGGACGUCCCCGCGGGUGGCUUUCCCGUGAAGGGCUCGUCGCUUUACAUGAAUCGCGAAGGGAAGCUCGUGCUCGUCGCGGUCGAUCGUGGGAAGACCCCGACCGUGAAGACGUGCACGAGCUCGAUGAAAAUCGAAGUCGACGCGUGGACGCUCGUGACCGUUUCCGUGGACGAGACGAAGGCGACGUUGCGCGUCGGCGAGCGAGAGGCGUGUUCCGUGACUCUUCCACACGGACCAUACGCGCUAUCCGACGGGUGUGUUCCGACGCCGGUAUACUCGCAGUGCCGUACAGACGACUGCGCCGGAGUCGGGGAUCACUCGAGAAAACACGCCGCGCCGCACGCGCCGGCGUCCGUGCGCGCGGAAAUGUUCGACUUUACGAUCGCGAUCGGCGAUCGGUACGUCAAGAACGUCGCGGGGGCGUCGGCGGCGCGCGUUGCGUUUACGCCGCCGCACCCGGACGCGUGGAAAAAACGAUGUCGUCCUGACUGCCCAGACCCGAACGUGUUCUUUAACCACGUCCCUAUUCCUCAGGGAAGAUGGACGCGCGUCGAAGAACCGCGGUCGCUGAAGCUGUACGGGUGCCGCGGAGGUACGUGUGAGGACCCGAAUCACUGCUGCAGGGCGGAAGGUAAAAACUGUUACGAGACCAGAUACGAGUGGAGCGAACACUGCGGGCACUCCAGUGCAAAAGGGUGCGGAUACCGUGGAAGCUGCCGAACCGAGCUCACGAAGGCCAUGGGCGACGACGAGGCGAACACCGGCGAGGGAGGUACAUGGCGUUCGAGCUUUAAGGUGAACGCGAGGGGAGACGUGUCGUUCAUGAUGGAUAAGGUGUAUUUCCUCAACGGCAAGGGUGAAGUCGAAGAAUUGGAGAGUUCGUUUUGGACGUUACGCGGCGCGAAAUCGACGUGCGAUAUGACCGGCUUGUGCGGUGACGACUUCGCGAACGCGUCGCUGCACGGCAUCUUUGAAAAGAGAGACGACGGCGUCGCGCAUUGGCGGAAGCAGACGAAACGUGCCAAGGAAAAUUCGAAAGAGUCCGACAUGUAUCAUUCCGCCUUAGGUCAGCUCGUCAAGACGGGCGACCACGAGGAUAUUCUCGUGAUAAAAGACAUUAAAAUAUUCACGUGGCACCCGGAGAAGAAGACUAUGGAAGGUGGCUGGUCCACGCAGGGCAUGAACAUCAGGGAUGAGUUGCAUGACGGAAAGAAGAUGGAAGUCAUCCUGAGCGGUCGUUCCAUCACGCAUUACAACCCGAACUUCGGCACCGACACGGAUGUGUACGGCUGGGCGCAGCGUCGAAUGCUAGAUUCAGAGAACUAUGUCCAACGCGACUAUAUGCCCUUGGGCGAAAGCGCGCACCCGUCUCCAUACAUUUGUGCAACUUGGAGGUCGCUCUUUUCCCCGGAUGGAGGGUACACAUACUACGGCGUCCUCGUCUCUGGUUACGAUCCAAAAUCAGAGCCGAUCUCGCGGUGCCACUUCGGCAGGAAAGAAGGCGUGCAGGGUAAGAACGCUCUCGGCAGGCAGUUCGUGCUCGGCAUACGAAGGCUCGUGACGGACGAGUGUAAGCCGCUCAUCUCGAGGAAUACCGACGUCGGGUUCGCGUCGUACGUCGGGACGACCCGCGGCUCCAACACCAAAUUCAGAGGUGGGAUAUCGAACGCGAACGGCGACUUUUUGUUCAGCGGCACGCUUGGUGCACCAGAAUUGCUCGGCACGAACGCGUCGCACGCGCGAAUCGAUCUCACGUCUGAAGCGACCGGUUGCGCGGCGAACGCCGACGCGACGAUGCCGUUCAAGUUUAACGAGACCGCGGGCGGAAAGUGCAUGUCGCAGGUGGUGACGUUUCAGGGGAAAGGCUGUUUCGCGGCCUCGUCGCAGGACGAUUCGUGCGGCGCGCUCGCGAAGAGCACAUUCCUCGGCUCCGGUGGCGCUGGGGACAUGGCGCGCGCGAUCGUCGAAGGGUCUGUCGUCGUCGUCGGUCCUCCUGGCGUCGGGGUGAUGAAACUCAACGAACACGCCAACGUCACAAUUUGGAACGCAUGUGCGCAGUGUGAAAAAAGCGAGAGGACAUGCGAUAUCCUGUGCUCGACGACGCGGGAGCCAGGCGCUCAAAAUACCUCUUUCGACAACAUUCGCGUCGACGUCGGUCCACAAGGAUCCGUCGUAGCGGUUCUGCGAGGAAACGUCGUGAUCGUCCUCGACGCUGCCACGGGCACCGAGAUGUAUCGAAACGAUAUCGCCGCGGGCCGUGAUGUCGAUCGUGGCAUUGUCGUCUCCGACGUCGCCGUGAGCGACGCCAAACACAUCCGUAAAGUGUUCGUCGGCGGGUACAAGAAGAGCAUUCCCGUCGACGUCGGCGGGUGUCCAACGUGUCUUCCGGGUGUCCAAUACGUUGACGUCGCGUUCGUUCGCGCGUACGAUGCGGAUACCGGCGCGUUGAGUUUCAAAACCUGGGAUUACGAAGGCUCGGACAUGGGCAAAUUCGACGCCGCGCACACGCGAAUCAAACGCAUGAUCGUGGACAAAUCCGGUCGUUUAUUCGUCGGCGCAGACGUGAGCGGAUACAAAAAAACAGCUCCAAAAUGGGAUUAUCCCACGAAUGACAACUUCUUCCGUUAUGACGGCGGGCCGAAUGGCACAGUAAAAGCCGCGCUUGCGUAUCAAAGUAGACCGAGGGCGACGGUCAAGCAACCCGAUUCCCACGCUAGCGUCGAUGGAUCGGCGGAGUUCGGACCCGAUUCCGCCGCUUACGUCGCUUUGAUCGACCCGUUCACGGGGCUCGUGGCGCGAGGCCAACACCUAUUCUCUCGGUCAAGUAAAAAAUGCUAUCCGCGCGGGAGAAAAAAUAUUUGUCAAAGUGCCAUAGGCCACGUCACGCUCGAAGCGAUCGACGUCGACGCGAAAGGCAACAUAAUCAUCGCUGGUCAGAUUUCCGGUAUCAUAAAAAAUCGCGACUACAACACCGUGAACAAUGUGCGCAUCGCGCGUCAGCCAGGGAUACCGCCGGAGGCGGAACCCUAUUUCGCGAUUUUCGAUGCGAACCUGAUCCAGCGACUAAAGUGGUCGACGCUCUCGCAGAAAACGAGCUGGAAGCCUGGCGGGCAGGGUUCAGCCGCGGUCAUCGUCGGUGGGUCGUACUGCCCGGAUAACACGCGAAACUUCGGGUCGUGCACGAGCGCCGUGCUUCUCACCGGCGUGGUGACGCGAAACAUGGGCCAGUUCUACACCAUGGCGAACGCGUUGCAGGUUAUGGGGGAAGGGACGAAAAAAGGUUCGGCGAGGGGAUGUUUGCGCAACGGGUACCGAUACAAGAGCGGUGCGGAGUAUCGAGCGGAUCUUGAGAGAACAGAUUGUCACAAGACGGAUGCGUACGCGGCAUUGAUCCAAGGACCGCCGCAAAUUGGAGACUUUUCCGUGUGCAAUCCCCUGGAUUUCCGCGAACCGCCCGUGGAUCUUCUGUGGGCGAGAUUCGUGAACGCGAAAAAGUCCAUCGAUCUGAAAUUCGACGCGAACUCGGACAGGGGCGAGACGGGGGAGCUCACGCUCGGCGGGAUCUUUCCGUGUUCCGAGCUCAUCAACGUCAACGCGUCCGCUAAUCUCGGCGAGGGGUGCCUCGCGUAUUUUCUCGAUAAGCGCACCGUGCGGAUCUCCCUAGGAGACGGGCACGAGGCGACUGAAGCGAGCGAUGGCAUCGCAGACGGAUCCGUUAUCACGAUACGCGGGGGCGUGAUAUAUUCUGACAAAUUCCGCGAUCGCGGACGAAGCACGACGGCGUCUAUUCAGGUGACACGUCACCCAGGGGAAAAGGUUGCCGUGCACGCCCGUGUCAAGUGCUUUAACGAAUUCAUAAACAUCGACUGGGGAUGUUUCGUGCCGACGAUCGACUGCACUGCAUCGGAAAGCACCGGGGAUCUCGGCGGGAACCUGACGUUUAAGUGGUCGCUCGAGCGUACGCCGAUCACGGGCCGGGGUGCAGACGCGAAAGAGGACGCACUGAGAUCAUAUCUCGGAAAUCUCACAUCGACGUCACGGUCGAUCAGCAUUCCGAGUUCGAUAUACGUCCCUCUACUCGGCUCUCGACGCGACACUUUACACAUGUUUACCUUCUCCGUCAUCGUCAGCAAUAAAAAGGGACACGUGUACACCGGCGAGAUGACCGACGUCAACGCGCAAAGGAAGGAAGCAAGCGCCGCGCUCACCAACACGGAGAGCGGAUUCGUGAUCGAGUGGGCCAAAAUGAAUCAAAUUCCGCCAGGAAGGGUGUACAGCAUGCACCGAGGCUUGGCAGGAGUGAAGGCCGCGUGGAGAGAUUGCGGUCUAGAAUCGCGUAACGCGGAGACAGAGCGCACGUUCUCAUGGAAGGUAACCCCGAUGCUCGACGAUCGGUCCGAGAUAGAAACAGAACGCGUCGCGGGCUGGCCCACGCCCACGGGCAUACACCCAGAGGUGACUUAUCAAGAGACCAAGCUCGUCGAGUUAUUCGCGAUGCAAAAGACUUCCUUUUUUUCGUGGCACAGAAAUAUGAUGUUCGCGGGACGCAAAUACGUCAUAGAGUGCGGGGUCACCGCAUUCUGGAACGGGGCGCACUCGAAUAAUACGGGUGGCAACAGUGAAUGCCCAGCCGGAUGGACCCGUGUGAACCAAAGGGACCGCACAACUCGUUCAGGAUGCGAAAUCACGAAGACGUUGCGUUGGACAACUCGCACGAAAUACGGCAAGAUAAAGAGCAUCGCGUUCGGAGGAAAUGGCGGUGAGUACGCGGAGUAUGCCAAGGCGAUCGCUCCCGGAGAACCUCUAGAUCCGUUCGUUAAUGAUCAAAAGUGGAACAAGCCAUCAUUGUUGUUCAACGAGGUUUUGCCGCGAAGGCAAGUGAGACACGACGAGAAGAACGAGGUGCACGCGGUCGCAGACCAGAGAAUCGACCCAGACUGGAGGACGGACGUCGAGGUUAUGAACCACCAGUGGUACUGCACGAACUACGUCUCCGAUCGCGAGGACUGUGGCCUCGCUGGAUUAUCCGUGGACCUCGGCGGAGACGUAAAGUUGGUGCAAGGGCGAAAUUAUGAUCGAAAUCUUCGUGAACAAGACAAGUUUUGGCCGCCUCCAGCGAAAAGUCUCGACGUGGACGAGCUCCCUGAGGGCACCCCGCUGCGACUCCCUGCGAAUUCAAUGCAUGAGGCCAAGGAGUACACGUUCACACUGAUGUCCACGAAGACGAAACGCGAUUCCUUCCCGGACAUGACCGUGCUUCUCACGACGUACAAGACGUGCCCGACAGCGACGAUCGAGCCGAUUCACGGCAGGGUGAAUACGCAAUUUUUAUUCCGCAUCUAUGGCAACGGCGCAAGCGUAAAGGGGGAUGUGUACUUCCGAUGGUCGCUCGUCGACGCGCAUCCGCUUGACGCGGCGACAUUAAAGAAGCCGGAGACGACGAACUGGUUGGACAAGGCGUAUUUUUCGAUAGCGAAGAAUACGAUGGUCCCUGGAAGAGAAUACGUGUUGAAGCUCUUCGUGACGACAGAUAAAAACGACCCGGACACGUGCAUUGGCGAAGCGGAGCGCCUUUUACUUACAAACACCCCUCCGAGAGCAAUCGACGGCAUAACAUUUGACCCACCCGAUGGCGGGAUUGAGUUCAACACCAGUUACACCAUCGAAUGCGGGUCAUGGGUCGACGACGGCGCAGAAGCCCUGGAGUACCGACUUGCAUUUUGGUACGACUUCGAUGUGUACAAGCCCCGGUGGGCGUGGUUGACCGACCGCCAAAAAGGCAUGUCGACUUUUCGAAACGUGUUCGUGCCUCAUUCUCCCGGGAGCAUCGACACGAAAGUUCGAUGCGUCGCAUAUGACGCGGACGGCGCAUUUGGCGUGAGCGCAGGCGCGGUCAAAGUUGAGGAAAAUUCAAAUCUUGGUGCCGCGCUUGAAGGCAUUUUCAAUGUCGGCAAUCACAUGGACAACGUGCACGUGUUCCCCGCGGCGCUUCGACGAUUACAGCAGCAAGAUAAGGCGAGACAUAAAGAGCGCGCACGACGUAGCUCGGCCGCGUUGCUCGGGGAAAGCCUUCCGCCGCGGCCUGAUCUUGAAGAACUCAGCUCGAGCCUUAAAACGGCGCUACAGGGGCUAAAAACGUUGAUGUCACAGACCCCAUUCAUUUCUAUAUCACUUCGCGACGCGGCAUUAGAGCUAGUCGACACCUACGUUGCGACCUCGGAGUUAGACGACGCACACGCGAGGUCGCUUCCCGCGGCCGAUAUCCUGGAAAUCAUAGCGCGAACGGCGCACGAUUGGCCAGACGGCGUCGACGAUGCAUCCGAGCCCCCAGAUGAAAACGGCGAGCUCGGUGACGGCACUUGGUCGGCGUUAAUGACCGCGUACGGACGCUCCACGGCACGACAUGGCACUGACAAGGUCGGCGUGAGCACGUCGCGCGUCCUUCGAGGCUCUGCUGCCGCGGAUGCAUCCAACGACGAAGUCUGCAAUGCACCACUUACGAAGCGCGUUGUCACCGUCGAUGGCAAGGUUUCUUCAGAAAAACUCUUUGCACGUGUGACGUAUUCUGGCACCCCGAGCGGGUACCACGAGCAGCUCGCGUCCGGAAGCUGGCCGAGCGAGAUCCCGAAGUUCAACGUCACUGGGCGCUUCCGCAGCAGCGACGAGGUAUUCGAGUCUGUUGCCGUGGAAACCCCUAUCCCGGAUGCGAAACCGAUAGUCGGCGGGUGCGCGCACUUUUGCGUAAUUGCGAAUGGUGACGUUGUGUGCUGGGGACAGGGCGAAUACGGUCAACUCGGCACGGGUAGCGUAUCCAACGUCGGUAACGCGCCCGGAGAGAUGGGUGAUAAAUUGAAACGCGUUCCGUUGGGUUCGAAGGCGACGCAGCUCGCAUCAGGGUGCCAGCACACCUGUGCACUGACUGACGAUGGCAAGGUGAUGUGUUGGGGACGAAACCAGUACGGGCAGCUCGGCGUCGGCGCGGACGUCGGUGAAAUAGGCGCGGACUUUAUCGAGGGCAACGAAAUUACCGCCGUGGACCUCGGGACGGGCAUGGAAGCGAUUCAGAUCGUGGCGGGACUUGAACAUACGUGCGCGCUCUUGAGCGAUCGCUCGGUCAAGUGCUGGGGAAGGAAUAACAAGGGGCAACUCGGUCAGGAGGAGCCGCCGUCGAAGAAUCGUGGGACGUCGCCGAUGGACAUGGGCGACGACCUCCCGCCGAUUAAAGUCAUGGGUAAAGGAUCUAAGGGCGUCGUCACGCGGCUGUUUGCCGGGAGCGAAUACACGUGUGCGGUCAUCGAGACGGACAGCGGGAGGGGCGAGUGCACGCUCGACUGCGAUUACAUUACCACAGAAGAAGCCAAGUGCUACGUCAACAGGUACCCGGACUUACGCAGAGCCUUCGGACACAACAUCGGUGCCGCGAAAAGACACUGGAAUAAACACGGGAAGAAAGAGGGACGCGAUAAAGAAUGCGAUUCUCAUAAAAAAGUGAAGAGUAGCAAGGCCAAAUUCAAGUGUUGGGGUGGGAACGAAGUAUGCCGCAUGAAUGUGUGGCGAGACUGGAGCAAAAACAACAAGAACUACGGAGACAGACCCGGGUCGAUGGGCGAAAAUUUGGAUUUCGUCCACCUCACUCGCCCGGUGAAGCAGCUCGCGUUGUCUCAAAGGCUCACUUGUGCGAUCCUCGAAUCCGAAGCAAAUGCAGGAGAGGACGAGCUCGUAUGUUGGGGUGAAUACGCGAAACGGGAACUCCCGGGACGAUUCGGUGUGAUAAACGAGUGCAGAGAUGGACAUUACAAGCAAUUACCGUUCGGGAAGACGGCAUACGAUCUCACGUCAAUAUCAGACUCCGGGGACAGAAACGCCACCUACCCUGUGCAAAUCGACGGCGGUCAUACGCACAUCUGCGUGACGAUGAGCGAUGGGAACGUCCGUUGCAUCUGCGACUCGCAAUUGAAUACGGCGACCGUUAUGGCUUAUCGCCAAAAGGGGUUCAAGCUCUACGCAGACUUUUCCGACCCGAUCGUGUGCGGCUAUGGAGACGUGUCACCGAGAAAAAAAGGUGAAGAUUGGGCCGAAGGUUCGCCUCCCGUCGUCGAUCUCGGCGGCGACGUCGCGUUCGUCGUCGCGGGUGGGACGUCGAACUGCGCGAUGCUGAGAAGCGGCGUCGUGAAGUGCUGGGGGCAAAAUUUCGCCGGUCAGCUGGGAGUCGGUGAUGCGGUUGCGGUUGGGAACUCGUCGAAGAACAUGGGAGCGAAUCUUCCCGCGGUGUCGUUACCCCCCGGCGUACCGAAGAAGCAAGGCACGAAGGGCUUCGUCCAAGAACGGCGAAUGGUGACGCCGACGAACGUGAAGUCAGAUCUGUGCGCGACGUUUAGUGCGGGCGCGAUACCGUCCGCCGCGUUUGCGAAGUGCCCCGACAGCACGUCCGUGGAGAAUUGCGGGUUGCCGUUUGUCGUGAGCGAGUCCGUCGCAUUCCUCUCUAUUGUUGACGAUUUCAGCGGACAGAUCGACUAUUUACAUUCGCUCCGCUCGAGCGUGACCUUGCGAGUCGAUGAAAGAUACCGAACGCUCGUAUCGGUGAACGAGGAGGAAGAAACAGACGAAGAGAAGAGCGCAGUAUAUUGUGCGGUGCUUCACACUGUGUCAGCGGAAGGCGCCGGGUCCGCGGCCGAGGAGGAUAUUCUCUGGCGUGAUGACGACUGCGUCGUGACGCGAGCAGAGGGCGAUGCGAGCGUUUACACGUGCACGUGUAAAAAGCUCGGCGCCGUCGCGCUCGCGCUGCGCCCCGAGCGCGCGGAGGACUGGAAACGCGCCGGGUCGCGCGGAAGAUCUCCAAGCUGUUUUGACGGUGUUUUGAACGGAGCUGAAACGGGCGUGGACUGCGGCGGCGAUCGAUGCAGCCCGUGUGCACUCGCGGCGACGGCGACGGCGCAGGUGGCGCCGUCGGCGGCGGCGAAGAGCGAGGGCACUGAUUUCUCGGGCUCGACGCCGACGCCGACGCCGACGCCGACGUCGUCGGAAGUCGACGACGACGCGACCUCGGUCACGACGACGUACGCGAUCACCGGCAUGUCCGCGGCGAAAGCGGACGCGCAGUUGAAUUUCGUCGAAAACGUCCUCGUGAAGUCGCGCCUGAGCCGCGGGAUCACAUUUCACGCGCUCGCGACGACGCGCGUCUCCGCGGAGAAGAGCGCGGACGGCGCGUCGGCGACGCUCGUAUUGAAAUUCACCGGGUUCGUCGGAAAGGACCCGAGGGGCGUGAAGCGGUUCUCGCAGAUGUCCGCGGGGCCGCGGACGAUGCGCGCGACGAACGCGAUCAUGAAGAAGCGCGGCUCGCUCGUCGUCGCCGCGAAUCACCGAACGGAUUCGGUCAUCUCCUGGAGCGACGCGCACGAACGCGCGCUUAGAGGACGCAUCGGGGGCUUGAUUCGCAGGGCGAAAGCGGCCGUCGCCGUGGGCGACGGAGCCGCGCGCGCCAAGUUCGCGCGCGGGAUCCGGUAUUUCAAGGCACUCCUGAACGGACCGUCGGCGGCUCCCCCCGCGUCGCUCGGCGCCGCGAAGACGAAGCACGCGACCAUCCGCAGCCUCCCGAUCGCGUCGACCGUCGCGACCGCGACCGUCGUCGCCGCCGUCGCGUUGUUCGUCGUCGUCGCGCGGCGGCGGCGGCGGCGCGGAAGAGGCGAUGCCGGCGGCGCGGAAGAAGAAGCUGCCUUCGUCGUCGACGCGCCCGCGGAGGCAGAUUACGGCUCGUUCGCGUGAGCGAGUGAGAGACGACGCUCGCUUUUCGCUCGGCGCCGAGAGAGGUGCACGUGUACUGUAAGUAGAGUUGUAAAUAACAGACUCGCAGCUUUCUUGGUG